CCGAGAUGGGGGACUUGAAGUCGGGUUUUGAAGAGGUGGAUGGCGUGCGGCUCGGGUACCUCGUCAUUAAAGGAAAGCCCAUGUUUGCCCUCUCCCAGGUGUUCACCGACCUGCUGAAGAACAUCCCGCGGACCACGGUGCACAAGCGCAUGGACCACCUCCGGGUGAAGAAGCACCACUGCGACCUGGCGGAGCUGCGGCGGCUCAAGGCCAUCCACAGCAUCGCCUUCCACGCGGCCAAGUGCACGCUCAUCUCCCGGGAGGACGUGGAGGCCCUGCACGCCUCGUGCAAGACGGAGCGGGGCCGCCGGAGGAAAGGGGCCCGCGACGGCGACGCCCCCCUCCCGGGAUCCCGGCACGCCCCGCCGCCGCCCCCGCCGCCCCCGCUCUGGCUGGGAUUGAAUGGAGCCGCGCAGCCGCUGCCAAGCAGCCGCCCCGGGGCCGCCGCCUCGCCCCCCGCCGCCGAUCUACCUCAAAUCUUCAGCCCCUUCCCCGGCCGCCGCUCCUCCCCCGAGGCCGCCCGCCCCCCGGGCAAGCCCCCGCCGGACUACGACUACGAGGCGGCCGCCCCCAGCCCCGCCGGCUCCACCGGCCCGGCGCGCCGGGGCUGCCGCCGGGGGCCCCGCCUUCUGCUCGGGGCCCCCCACCCCCGGGGGUACCGGGCCAAAGUCACCGCGGCGGCGGCGGCGGCUGCAGCCGCAGCUGCAGCCGCCGCCGCCGCCGUAGCCGGGGCAACCUGCCUGGAGCGGUUCCAUCUGGCGACCGGGGGCUUCUGCCCGCCCCCGCACCGGGCCCGGACCCCCCGUGCCCGGCCCCGCCGGCCGCAGCAGGCCCGCCGCCAACAGCAGCAGCAGCAGCAGCAGCGGAGGCAACAGCCGCCACAUCUGUCCGGUUUCCCCGAGCGUUACAGCAGCGACUCCGAGUCCAGCUCCUACUCGGACCACGCGGCCAACGACUCGGACUUCGGGUCCAGCCUGUCCAGCAGCAGCAACUCCGCGUCGUCGUCGUCGUCGUCCUCCUCGUCGUCGUCCUCCUCCUCCGAGGACAGCGCGGGGUCGGACUCCAGCGAGGCCAGCUCGGACGACGACGACGACGACGAGGACGAGGAAGACACGUCCUCCGAUUCGGACUCCAGCUCCGGCUCCAGCCGGGUCUCGGUGCAGAGCAUCCGCUUCAGGCGCACCAGCUUCUGCCAGCCCCCCCCCGGCGUGCAGGCGCAGGCCAGCCUCCUGUACCGCCUGGCCACCGUCGUCGCCGCCCCCAAGCCCGCCGCCUUCGAGGAGGCCGCCAGGCUCGCCGACCUCAAAAGCGGGGUCAAAGCCGAGGCGCCCGAGGAGUGGAGCUACCCCAUCUGGGCCCCCAGGACACCGCCCGGCUGCUGCCCCGCCAGCCUUGGAAGUUGUUUUGCCGAGAUAAGGAACGAUAGGGUAUCUGAGAUCACAUUCCCACACUCCGAAAUUCCCAAUAACGUAAAGAGAACUGACCUGACGAUUAACUGCGUGGCGGAGGGGGCCUCUUCACCUAGCCCAAAGACAAACAAUGCAUUUCCACAACAAAGAAUACUCAGAGAGGCCAGGAAAUGCCUGCAAGCAACUACUACACACUGUGCAGAUAACGAUACAAUAGCUGCUAGGUUCUUAAAUAAUGAUUCUUCGGCGGCGGCGGCAAAUUCAGAAAAAGGUUCCAAAAUCCUGCAUUGUAUUGAAUUGGCCACGGAUUUGCCCUCAUUACAAACUGAGCCUGAGAUGGACCCUGCUGCUGCAGCUGAUCCAGGAAUAACAGCAGCAGCAGCAGCAGCAGCAGUAACAGCCACAACAGCAGCAGCAGCAGCAGCAGCAGCAGCAGCAGAAAAUCAGGGAUGGCCCUUUCCGCACAAUAUUAAAAUCAAAGUAGAGGAUAGUAGCACUAAUGAAGAAUAUGAACCUGACCUUGUUAAACAUAAGCUAAAAUGCGAGUGCAAUGAUACAAAGGGUGAAUUUUACCAUGUGGCUGAGAGUAAGGAGGAGGAAGAGGAGGAGGAGGAGGAAAAGGACGCUUUGUUAACAGCCAAGGAAGAUUUUGCAUGCACUGAAAAAGAAACCACUUCCUUAAACCCACUGACUCAGAGUCAGGGCCUUUCAUGCACUUUAGGUUCUCCAAAGCCUGAGGAUGGGGAAUAUAAAUUUGGUGCGAGGGUGAGAAAAAAUUACAGGACACUGGUGCUGGGAAAACGACCUGUACUACAGCCUCCUCCAGUCAAACCAAAUUUGAAAUCAGCUAGAAGCCCACGUCCUACAGGUAAAACUGAGACACAUGAAGGAACACUGGAUGAUUUUACAGUUACCAAUAGACGCAGAAGGGUAGCCAGCAAUGUAGCAUCAGCAGUGAAAAGGCCAUUUAAUUUCAUGGCAAAUUUUCCCUGUCCACCGUCACUAAUUAUUGGUAAUGAUGGGGAUUUCUUGCCGGCUUAUUCCUUAAAUACCACUAAGGAUUCCCAAACUCCUCACAAGGCCCAUCCUAUAUGGAAAUGGCAGCUGGGCGGUUCUGCAAUACCUCUUCCACCUAGUCACAAAUUCAGGAAAUUUAAUUCAUAACGUUAUUUUGGGAGAUAUUUUCUCGAGACAUGUUACCUUCCGUACAUUGUAAAACUGCACAAGAUGGUUUGUACAAGCCCAUUAAUGCGUUACCCUCGUUUGGAGCCCUGGUUUAUCACAUUAUGAAGACAGAAAUCGGAUUACUAUUUUCUUCUUUCACUGCAGUUUUUUGGUGUCUUUUUUUUUUCUUCUUCUUCUUCUUUUUGAAUUGGGGUAAGGGUUGGUUUACAUUCCACAGACUACUUCAGGCUAAAGACUCAAGUGAAACUCAGUUAUUACGAUAGAGCUGGAACGCUUUACUGUUUCAAUGCUUGAUAAUGCACCCGGUACCUCAAUUCAACUGCUACAAAUAAAUGUCAAAAGGUUGAAUAAUAAAUAUUACAAUGAGCCAUUAAGUUUAUGCACUAGAUUUCAAACGUGGAAGUGUAACUGUUAAUUCAGCGAAAGUUUGUUAAGUUAUAUGGUUGCACAGUGAGGAAUCACGAGGGUUCUGUGGUGGCAGGCUACUUUUCUGGAGCUUUGUGUUCGG